GCGGGACCGGCAGAUUUUUCUUCCCAAAGCAAAGAGCUAGCAGGCACAUGGAAAAGAUGAAAAGGAUACAGCUGCUUUUAAAUGACCUUCAAGUGAAGACUAAUGCAGAGAAUUAACAAGAACGUGGUUUUGGGCCUUCUUACUUUGACAAGUUCAGUCUUUCUCCUGUUUCAGUUGUACUACUAUAAGUAUUAUUUGUCUCCAAAGAACAGUGCUGUUUUCCCCAAGAUUAAAGGGAGUAAGACAGGACAAGACAGUAGCCGAUGGAAUGUGGUUAGGAAAUUCCUUGGUCUGGUAUCCAGCCACCAAAUAUCUGUGCAUCUUAUCGAUCCGUUACUUCUAGGAUUGAUUGCUACUGACUUGGAGCAACUCAGGGCUUCCCCUGAGGGCAGCCAUUCAGAAUGCAGAUACUUCUGUGCUCCCCGGGACUUCACUGCUUUUGCACUACUGGACAAAACCUGGAAGAUGGAGAUGGGCUUGUUCCGAGCGGCAGAGAGAGUGGGAUUCCAGUGGCUCAAGAUUCAGAGCAAAGACCCCCGUCUGGAAGGAAUGGAGGAUCUCUUGGGGACGGAGAUUCCCUUGCACUAUAUCUUCAGACUGGCCAGUCAUGCCAUCCACGUGGUGGUCUUUUAUGAGAGGAGUGGCAACUAUCUGUGGCACGGACCGCUGCGGCUGAAACGACACACGGACAGGAAGUUUGUCCCUUUCCGAAAACUACGGUUCGGCCACUACCCUGGAGCCUAUGAGAAGCUAGAACUCCAAAACAUCUCUCUUGAUGGAUUAACAGUCCAGAUUCCAAAAGAGCCGUCACGUUUCCUCCAAGAGUGGUCCCACUCUAGGUUUAUUGAAUGUAGGUACAGAGAAGCUCGGUCUUUCUUUCAGCUGUAUCCCGAUGAUACGUCUCUUGAUUCAGUGGAGUUCAGGAAAAAAGCCAAAGCGUUACUGCAUCUCGCUGCUGGGAUGUUAAACAGUUUGGGUGUGAGAUUCUGGCUGAGCAGUGGAACAUGCCUGGGUUGGUACAGGCAGUGCAAUAUUAUUCCUUACAGCAAAGAUGUAGAUUUGGGAAUUUUUGUUAAAGACUAUAAACCGGAUAUUGUUUCAGCAUUUCAACAGGCAGGAUUACCCCUGAAGCACAAGUUUGGCAAGGUAGAAGACAGCUUGGAGCUUUCCUUUCAAGGAGAAGAUGAUGUGAAGCUUGAUAUUUUUUUCUUCUAUGAAGAGGAAGACCACAUGUGGAACGGAGGAACUCAGGCCAAAUCAGGCAAAAAAUUCAAAUACCUGUUUCCCAAGUUCACGCUAUGUUGGACCGAGUUUGUAGAACUGAAGGUGCGUGUGCCAUGUGAAACCCUCCAGUACAUCGAAGCCAACUACGGUAAAGGGUGGAAGACGCCGGAGAAGGAGUGGGACUGGAAGAACUCGCCACCCAACGUGCAGCCUGAUGGGAUGUGGCCCAUUGACGAGUGGGAAGAAGUUAUUCAACUCUACUGA